CUCUAUCUGUGAUUUAUUUAUUAAAUGUUAAAAUUUCAGAUCAAGAUGAUGGAAGAUAAAUCCAAGUUCCUGGACCGAUUAACGGAUCAGGAGAAGCAGCUUGACUCGUCCGGGAAGGAGGGACGAAAGGACGAGUUUCUGGAGAAAACAAUUCCGUUUACCUGCAAGCUCUGUGAGCUGAGUGAGAUGGUUCACUAUCACGGGAGGAAACCUAAGUUUGUGAAGAACCUGGUUGAGUUCAACGAGGACGCUUAUCUCAUGAUAGAUCCGUUCUCAGCUCGUGAGACAAGGUUUGGGAAUAAUUUUCUCCAGGUGGGCGGGGACUGUUCGCAUUGUGGAGCUGCAGUUUGUGUGGACUGCUCCAUAUUCUACACCAGAAGGUUUUGUUUGACCUGCUCCGAGUUCUACUCCUCCGAGUUCCCUACUGAUGUACAGACCCGGAUACAGAAACUAGGACAGGGAAGGAAGGAUAUGGAUAAAUGAGAUGAAGGAGAAUCAUGAAAAUAAUGUUUUAACCAGAUAUGCAGACCGCCGACUGCAGAGGAAAAUUCCGGAGAAGGGUAGAACCGCUGUUUGAGUUCAAUGACAGACAAAGAUUGUUUUUUUUAAUUACAAAAUAUUUCAGAAAAA